UUGCUGCAUCUACUGUGAGAAUGAAGACCAUUCUCAGCAAUCAGACUGUCGACAUUCCAGAAAAUGUCGACAUUACUCUGAAGGGACGCACAGUUAUUGUGAAGGGCCCCAGAGGCACCCUGCGGAGGGACUUCAAUCACAUCAAUGUAGAACUCAGUCUCCUCGGGAAGAAAAAGAAGAGGCUCCGGGUUGACAAAUGGUGGGGGAAUAGAAAGGAACUGGCCACUGUUCGCACCAUCUGUAGUCACGGACAGAGCACGAUCAAGGGUGUUACACCGGGCUUCCGAUACAAGAUGAGGUCUGUGUAUGCUCACUUGCCCAUCACCGUGGUUAUUCAGGAGAAUGGUUCUCUUGUUGAAAUCCGAAAUCUUGGGGGUGAAGACUACAUCCGCAGGGUUCGGAUGAGGCCAGGUGUUGCUUGUUCAGUAUCUCAAGCCCAGAAAGAUGAGUUGAUUCUUGAAGGAAAUGACAUUGAACUUGUGUCAAAUUCAGCUGCUUUGAUUCAGCAAGCCACAACAGCUAAAAACAGGGAUAUCGGAAAAUUUUUGGAUGGUAUCUAUGUUUCUGAAAAAGGAACAGUUCAGGCUGAGGAAUAAGAUCUGAGUGAUCCAGUUACAGAAACCGCAAGAGGCCAAGCUCAUAUGUGAUAUUUUAAAAAGGAAUAAAAGCUCUUUUGACUUGGGGAAAAAA